AUGCUCAGUGUCAUCACGAGAAGCAUACGACCUCGCGUGUAUAGGCUUCCACCCGCACUCUACCUCCAGCGGCAAUUUCGUACUACUCACCCGGUAAAGAUUCACCAAAUACUUGAACAAUUUGUCGAUGAACUUAAAGAUGACAAUGAGAACGACAAUAAAAGAAAACAAAGUAACAACAGCAACAACGACAAGGAGUCCGCUUUUGACCGAUUCAAAUCUUUCAUCACCAAAUGCCUCGAAACUAUCGGGAUAACCAUUUCAUCAGUUGGGGUCUUGGGAUUGGCUGGAUUCUUGUACCAUCGAUUUUAUAAUGAUCAUGUAUUAUCGAAAAUGAAUCAAGCUUUCGAAAAAGGUGACCCUUCUGCUCAGAUAAAGAUGCACACAAGAACACACGAUGAUAGUAAUGACCAUUUCAUUAAUGCUCAUUGGGUUGAACGACCACAACAGAAAUUACUUGACGAAAUCGUUGCCGGCAAGAUCAUUGGUCGUUAUUUUCUCAUUAUUGGGGAAAAGGGCACUGGUAAAACGUCAUUGAUUAUGGAAGCAAUGAAGAAAGUUGAUGGGUACAAUGUAACCAUCUUUGAUGCACAUGCGGAUCCAGAGAUUUUCCGUAUUCGAUUGGGGAAAGCAUUGAAUUUUACCUUUAAUGAAGAUUACAUUGGUUCAUUAUUUUCAAUAAGAGGACCAAGAGACACUACAGCUCUUUUAGAUAUUGAGCGAGCGUUUGGUAAAUUAGAAGAAUUGGCGAUUCAACGAGUAGGCAAGAUUAGACGACCAUUAAUCAUGAUUAUCAAUAAUGCUCAUUUGAUAAAGGAGAAUGAAGAAGGGGUUAAAUUGUUGGAAUUGUUGCAGCAAAAAGCCGAAUCUCUUAGUGGCCUGGGGUUGCUCACAAUGAUAUUCAAUAGUGACGAUUAUUGGGUUUAUGAAAAAUUAAAACAAUUGGGCACCCGGUUGGAGCUAAUCAAUGUACGUGAUUUUAAUCGAUAUGAGACUGUUAAUGCACUUAAAUUCAUUCGUCACCGGUAUUUUCCACUGGACAAAGUCUUGAAAGAUGACAUGUGUAAUGCAGUGUACGAUUUAAUCGGUGGCCGACCACAACAUAUCACUCAAGUGGCUCGUCAUAAUGACAUUAUAAAAGCAUGUCAUGAGAUUAUUGAUCGUGAGAAAACGUGGUUUCUCAAUCAAUGUGGAUUGCUAGGCCUGGAUAUGGAUGAUGAUGUAAUGGAAAGUGGGAAAUUUUCCAGCAGUGCCAUGCUACUUAUGAGAGAAUUUGUCGAAAUGGACCGCAGUAGGAUGAAUACAUUGAUUACAAGUGAGAAAUCUCGAGAUUUCACCGAACACCACCUACCGGAAUUACCACUUUGGCGAGCGCGCCAAAUUAUGACACGUGCUGACUACAUUCAACGAUACGAUAAUUUAAACAUCUUUACAAUCGACUCAGAGUCUCGAGUUAGGGCAGACUCCGUACCCAUGAUGAGAGCAUUUCACGAAAUUGCAUCUCAGCCGCAUUUCGAUGAAUUAUUAGCCGACACUAUGGAUCGAGUUGGUGAUAUUGAAUCGUUGGGAAGAACGAGGGAAAUUGUAUUGAAAGAUUUGAGUUUGGGUAGUAGGUAUAUUUUGCAACGAAAUAAUGGUGAUGAAGUGUGCAUGACUAUGAUCAAAUCCCCCAAAGAGGCCGAUUUACACGGAGACUUUGACGAGUUCAAUGAAGAAGCAGAGCACAAAACUAGUGUUGAAAUGGGCAAUAUGGAAGAUCACGAUGGAGAACAUGUUGAUGAAGAUGACUUGUAUUUGGAAGAAAUUAAUCGCAAAGAUUCACGGAAAUGGUGGAAAAAGAGGAUGCAAAAAUUUGAUCAAUUGUAUUUGCCUGAAAAGUAUCGACAUGGUCAUGAAGAUGACUUGGAUUUGAAUCGAGUUGAUGAGAAAUGA